AUGCCCCCAGCUAUAGUUGAGCCAAAAGGAGCCGAGACACUAUGCCAGCGAUGCUUACGACUCACAUUCGACAACAGCGCCAUCGUCGACGCACCACCACCGCAACAGUACGAGGGACGCGACGACCUAGAUCUUGAUGAAUAUGGAAUCAUUCCUCUUGAUUUUACCUUGGAGGAUGAACUACCUGACCUUCCGCAACUGGAUAGAUCAGGCGCCAACGGUUGUCACAUGUGUCUCUUCCUCAAAAAAGUCAUCUUGACUCAACUACAAUUGCGUCCGACAGAGCAAAACUACGCCGGCCGCAUUACACUCCAGCUGAAUGAGUUCCAUCCCGACCUGGCGACUGUUCAGUUUGCAAACUCCCGAGACGACUGGCUUCCAAAUCGGAUGGCCGGAGAGCUUCGUAUGGGAACGGAGGUGUACUCUAUAGAUGUCUUUGCCAAGCACAGGGCGGAUGGUCACUAUACGCCCAUGCCAGACCCAAAUCCGUUGUCAGAUCGGUCCAUCCAAAGAAUCAAGACCUACCUGAAUACUUGUGUGGGAAACCAUGACAAGCAUCACUCGGAGUGCUCAUACCCAGGCACGAUUGCUGCGCCGUUGAGGCUAUUGAACAUUUCAGACGAAAAGAUGAUACGACUAGAGGAGACCAACAACCAGGACAUUCCAUACGUCAUCUUAAGCUAUUGCUGGGGUCCGGCCAAGGUCGUUUUCGAUGCCAGGACUGUCUUGGCAAAUCUGCCAGAGAGAUCAAAGGGCUUUAGGUCUGAUGCCCUUCCACAAACACUGCAACACAGCAUUUCCCUUGCGCAUCGCCUUGGAGCUUCUCACAUAUGGAUAGAUGCGCUGUGCAUCGUGCAAGACUCUGGGGAGUGGAUCUAUGAAAGCGUGCGAAUGAUGCAGUACUACGAAAUGGCGCAGUUCACAAUCGUCCCGAUUGAUUCCAGUGGAGCAGAGAAAGGGUUCUUGAGAAAUAGACCUCCAUGGGCCGAGGACAUCAUCCAGUGGAAGGGUUCUCUUAACCAUCUCCAAUUUUACUUUCCUUCAUUCAACAACGUCGAGGAGGCGGGACCUGCGACUUCUUCUCCGUGGGCAAGCCGCGGUUGGACCUUUCAGGAGAGGCUCCUUUCUUCAAGGCUGAUCUUUAUUGGCCGUGAUGAGGUUAAGUUUCGCUGUCGCGCUGGGUGGGGAAAACAUGCAUCUCGAACGCCAAUCACGCUGGAGUCACUUGGAAGCUAUUUCCUUCCUCUGUCUCCUAUGUACGCGGCACAUUCGAACGACUGGAACAGCGUGGAAAUGAUUCGAGACAAGUGGUAUCAAAUCCUAAGCGAGUAUUCACAGCGAAGUCUCACCCAGCAGAGCGAUAAGCUUAUUGCUUUGUCCGGUAUCACGUCCAAAAUCAACCAACUGCUUGGAGACCAUGAUAAGUAUCUUGAUGGACAUUGGGAGUCGGACCUGUGGCACGGCUUGACUUGGAGGAGAGUGCCUGUUAGAGGAAAACCGGCCUGGCCGACGGUCAAAUCAGAGGAGUUUCCAUCUUGGUCGUGGUGCUGUAUGAAUCAACCAUUGGUCUGGCAGGAUGGGACAGCUUCUGUUGAUGAUAUUAGGCUGGUUGGAGUUGUUCGACAGAGAACAGGCACAGAUGAAAAGGUGGUGAAGCUGAUUGUGGAGGGCUGGAUCUUUCCCGUUCGAUUGCUGGCUGAGGUGCCAGAUAAUCUCGAGGUGGAUUUCUAUCUCGACUCGCUCUCAGAAUCAUCUGGUGAUCUGGUCAAACAAGAGGGUGUGCGUAUCGUGCUUCUAAAAGCAUAUCUAGACGGAGAGGAUAAGAAAGAGUGGCUGAAGGCCCCAGCAGCAAAGCCGCAUGAUGUGUGCGGACUCAUCAUAGAGCCGACGGGGGAGACUUACGAGGGGCAUGCGGUGUAUCGGAGACUGGGGAUUGUGGAUAUUCUACCGGGAUGGGACUUUACUUUUUCAGAUUCCGAGACGACAGCAGGGUCGUUGUUCUACCAAGAGAUGUACACCAAGAAGGAAAUUGCGGUUUUGGUAUAG